AUGCAUGGAUUCUAUAGACGUUUUAUCAAAGAUUUCUCGAAGAUUUCAACACCCUUGUGCCGACUUCUACAAAAGGAUGUGCCGUUUGUGUUUGAUGACGAAUGUGAGAAGGCGUUCAAUCACCUCAAAGAAUUGUUAACUUCGGCACCUAUCAUUGUUCCACCAGAUUGGAGCCUUCUGUUCGAGCUUAUGUGUGAUGCUUCAGAUUAUGCUUUAGGGGCUGUUUUGGGACAACGGAAGGACAAGAAGCCACACGUCAUCUACUACGCAUCCCGAACCUUGAAUGAUGCUCAAUUGAAUUACUCCACCACUGAAAAAGAACUUCUUGCUGUUGUGUUUGCUUUAGAUAAGUUUCGUUCUUAUUUACUUUGUACUAAAGUUAUAAUUUACUCUGACCAUGCAGCUUUGAAGUACUUACUCACAAAGAAAGAAGCCAAACCAAGGCUUAUUCGCUGGAUGCUUCUUCUUCAGGGGUUUGACGUGGAAAUUAGCGACAAAAGAGGAUGUGAAAAUGUAGUGGCUGACCACUUGAGCCGUUUGGUACAUGAAGAAGACCUUCUACCUAUUCUAGAGGCAUUCCCAGAUGAACAAUUGUUGACCAUUGAGGUAAGUGAGCCAUGGUAUGCUGAUAUUGUGAAUUAUAUUGUGUCUAAAUAA